CUCCGCAGUUUUCCCCCAGCUUUGGGUGGUGGCCGCGGCUGGGCUCCGGCUUCCCGUCGGCGGAGGGCGAGGCGGCGUGGACAGCGGCCCCGGCACCCCGCGCCCUGCCGCCCGCAGUCGCGCGCCUGCCCGUCCGCCGCGCCCCGAGUCCGCCGCUUCUCGCGUCAGCGUCCGGCCGCCGCCGCGGCCCAGCGAGCGGCCCAGAUGCAGGCCAUCAAGUGUGUGGUGGUGGGAGACGGAGCUGUUGGUAAAACUUGCCUACUGAUCAGUUACACAACCAAUGCAUUUCCUGGAGAAUACAUCCCCACUGUCUUUGACAACUACUCUGCGAAUGUUAUGGUAGAUGGAAAACCGGUGAACUUGGGCUUAUGGGAUACAGCUGGACAAGAAGAUUAUGACCGAUUACGUCCCUUAUCCUAUCCGCAAACAGUUGCAGAAACGUAUGGUAAGGAUAUAACGUCCAGGGGCAAAGACAAGCCGAUUGCCGAUGUAUUCUUAAUUUGCUUUUCUCUUGUGAGUCCUGCAUCAUUUGAAAAUGUUCGAGCAAAGUGGUACCCCGAAGUGCGACACCACUGUCCCAACACCCCCAUCAUCUUGGUGGGGACUAAACUUGAUCUCAGGGACGACAAAGACACGAUCGAGAAGCUGAAGGAAAAGAAGCUGACUCCCAUCACCUACCCGCAGGGUCUGGCCAUGGCUAAGGAGAUCGGUGCGGUAAAAUACCUGGAGUGCUCAGCGCUCACGCAGCGAGGCCUCAAGACAGUGUUUGACGAAGCGAUCCGAGCGGUUCUCUGCCCCCCUCCCGUCAAGAAGAGGAAGAGAAAAUGCCUGCUGUUGUAAAUGUCCGCCCGCUCCCCCCACCACCCCCCGUCCCCCUCGGAACCUUUGUACGCUUUGCUCAAAAAUGGUGGAGCCUUCGCACUCAAUGCCAAGUUUUUGUUACAGAUUAGUUUUUCCAUAAAAACCAUUUUGAACCAAUCAGUAAUUUUUAGGUUUUGUUUGUUUAAAGUGUAAGACUUCAAACUUUCACACUAUAUUAAAAUUUAGCCCUAAAAUGGGAA